GAAGGUGCUUCUGCUCGAAAAACACAAACUCCAGCAGCACAGCCUGUACCACGACCAGUUUCUCAAGCAAGACCACCUCCAAACCAGAAAAAAGGAUCUCGAACUCCCAUAAUCAUUAUUCCAGCAGCCACGACCUCUUUAAUAACGAUGCUUAACGCAAAGGACCUUCUGCAAGAUCUGAAGUUUGUACCAUCAGAUGAAAAGAAGAAACAAGGCUGUCAACGAGAAAAUGAAACUCUAAUACAGAGAAGGAAGGACCAGAUGCAGCCUGGGGGAACUACAGUCAGCGUUACUGUACCUUAUCGAGUAGUAGACCAACCUCUGAAACUUAUGCCACAAGACUGGGAUCGUGUGGUGGCAGUGUUUGUACAGGGUCCUGCUUGGCAGUUCAAAGGCUGGCCUUGGCUCUUGCCUGAUGGAUCGCCUGUUGAUAUCUUUGCAAAAAUUAAAGCUUUUCAUCUCAAAUAUGAUGAAGUACGUCUGGAUCCAAAUGUACAGAAAUGGGAUGUAACAGUGUUAGAACUAAGCUACCACAAAAGACACUUGGACAGGCCAGUAUUUCUACGCUUCUGGGAAACUUUGGACAGGUAUAUGGUAAAGCACAAAUCUCACUUGAGAUUCUGAAUCCGUCAGCUGCCAUUUAUUUCCUGAAGUAUGGAUUGAGAAAAACGAAAGGGGCUCCAGUUUGGAGACCAGAGCUCGCACUAUAUGAUAUGUCAAGAACUUUACAAAUGAAGAAGGGUCACAGUUUAAACUUUUUAUAAAAUCUUGUUUGGAUGCUUCAUGCUAUGGCAGGUUGAUACCUGUUGUUAUUCAGAAGCAAAGGGGUUUUGCUUAAAACUAUUUUUUUAAUGUUGUUAGCCUUCUAGUCUGCAAUCCAAAUUGUAUAUUUUGAUAGCAGCAGUUUCUUCUCUGUUUUGUUAAAUUAGCCACAUUUUUAAAUAAUGUGUUUUGUUCCUUAUUAGAAAAUAGAUUGAUCUUCACUGCAGGUUACAAAUGUGUGUGUGUGCGUGUGCACAUGUGCGCACGUGUGUGUGUGUAUAUAUGUGUGUGUGUGUCUAUAUAUAUAAUGUAUAAAAAAAAAUUAUAGACACACUUAUGCACACAUAGGUAUUACCAGGCUUUCUAAACCACUUAGCUUCUGAGCUUAGUUUUGGUUUUCUUUGCUUAUUGUUUCACUUACUGAAAGUAUUUUGUUGUGAAUGAUAUUACAUUUUAGUCAAUAGACUUGCAAACUGAGCAAAGUGAAAAUUGUUUUGGAUAAAUCAAAAUGUCAGCCUGUAUAUGUAUAUUCUGUCAGUCUUUGUUGAAAAAGGGAAGAUGAAAAAUCUAGAAACACUUUUUUGGAUUUGUAAUGUCCCAGUUUACUAAAUCUUUAAACUUUAUUAUAGGAAUACCUUCAAGUCAUGUUAACUUUAAAUUGCCAUUCUCCACACAGGUCUCUUUAUUUAAAAUGAAAGUGUGCAUGUGUACAUUCCCAUCUAUCAAAAUACCUUUACAUAUGAGUCUAAAUGUUACCUAGAUUAAGCAAUGAAUAGAGAAGGAGAGAGUUUGGAUUUUUUUUCCUGAAGCAGCCACCACAAGGAAUGAAUAAUUUUAACUUCUUUGCAUUUAUACCUCUAAUACCACCUCUAAUAUUUUCUUGUGACAAAGUAGCCCAGGCUGUGUCUACAGGAGUUGUAAUUUUCUGAGAUGAGUGGCUAAUAUGGCCUCCUAACAGUCCUGCAUUGGAAUGGAAAAUGAACCUACUCCAAUUACCAAAGAACAGAUUUGCUCUAUCUACAGUAUGAGUAUAACUGAGGCCAGAAGACCCUGGUAUUUGUAUGAAUUUAUGGUGUCUCUGUAUCUAUUUAAUAACAUUAAGUUGAUGUUGCAUACCAGUGGAUGUAGAGAAUGAUCAAAUACUGUAACACCCGCAUGAAUUUUUUUCUGGGAUAGAAAAUACAUGUUUAUAAUCCUGUUCUUGAAAUUCCAAACCAUGUUUUUUUAAUAUACUUUACGUUUAAAGUUUGACAAAAGUAAAAUGUUCUACCUGUUCUUCUUUAGUUUUGCUUUUUAUUUGAUGUUACCUUCAUUUUUAAUAAAACCAGAAGGCACAUCUCCUUAAGAGGUUUUUAAAACUAUGUCUUACAUUUAUGAGGACUGUGAGGUCUGACUUUUAAUUCUAUGUUUCCAUCCCUGCUAUAUCAAGACUACUAUUUUUAAAUGGUCUUAAUGGAAACGUAAAAAAAA